AGGGAGCUUCGGACUACUUCAGAAACUUUUCCUGCCGACUCCCCGCCGCCACGCCAGAGGAAAUGCGCUCCCAGAUCCACCGCAGGCCGAUGCCGAUAUCCGACGCCAGCUUUUGGUUGACUCUGGCAAUGACGCCGAACUUUACGCACGGAUCUGUGCCCACCAACGAGUCUCUGCGCCAGCGUUCAGACAACUCAACCGAGAUGGCUUUGCCGGUGUUCAUGUUCGCCGGCGGCGCCAUCGGGAACCUGAUCGCCAUACUUGUCCUUUCCGUGUCCCGGCAGGAGAAGAAAUCCUCCGCGUUCUUCUCGCUGGUGCGCGGUCUGGCGGUGACGGACCUCCUGGGCACCUGCUUGGCCAGCCCCUUCACCAUAGCCAACUACCUGGACCAGCAUGUGCUGCGCAGCCGCCACUUCUGCGAGUUUGACUCCUUCCUGCUGCUGUUUUUCGGCCUGACCGGACUGAGCAUCAUCUGCGCCAUGGCGGCGGAGCGGUACCUGGCCAUCUGCUGCCCCUACAGGUACCAGCGCUGGGGAGUGGACCGAGGCUUUGCGCAGAAGCUCCUCUUCCUCAUUUACAUCAGUCACAUUUUAUUCUGCUGCCUCCCCAUGAUGGGCAUAUCCAGGAGCGAGCUGCAGCCGCCCGGAACCUGGUGCUUCAUCGACUGGAAGACCCCCGAGCCGGUGGCCGCCGCCUAUUCCGUGCUGUACGGCGCCGUGAGCCUGCUGCUGAUCCUCGGCACCAUCGUGCUGAACCUGACGGUGUGCGGAGCGCUGCUGCUGAUGCGCCGCAGGACCGUGCAGCGGCCCGUGGCCAGAGCCAGCGUCCGGCAGAGGUGGAAGGCGCUGUCCUCGGCCGCGGAGACGCAGAUGAUGGCGGUGCUGGUGAUGACCUCCGUGGUGGUUCUGGCCUGCUCGGCUCCCUUAGUGGUGCGCAUCUUUGCCAACCGCUUCCGCUCUGACCAGAAGGCCGACCUGGCAGCCAUCCGCAUCGCCUCGUUGAACCCCAUCCUGGAUCCCUGGAUCUACAUCCUCCUCAGGAGGUCCCUGUUCCGCCGCCUGCUCAGCCGGUCCCGCCGGUGCGACAGCCCCACCAACAACAACGCCCCGCCUUCGCCUCAGAGCGACCUGCUGUAUCCGGAAAUGCUGAAGGAGAACUGCGUGUUCACUCAGCUGAUGUGCAACGCCAACAUCAUCACGCAGCUGCCCGCCUCCGUCAGGUUCUCGCCGUUUGACUCGGAGGUCCUCUGCCAGACCUGAAGCUUUGCAAACCGGCGGACGGCAGACGUGAGCAGCUGCAGGGAAGCAGAGAGAGAGAGAGCGGGACGGAGGAGCUGAGACGGCUGCAGGAAUCUCCAUCCUGAGAGGACAUGCAGGUCAUCAGGAUCAGCUUUGUUCGCCAAGUUUCUGCGCACAAACAAGGAGUUUGACUUCAGUUGCACUCUGCUCUCAAUGAAGACAUUUAAAUUAUGAAUGCAGAAAUAGCUUUUUUUUUGUUUGUUUCUAAAUUUUUAUACAUGCAGAGUUUUCACCAAAGAGAACAUUAGUAAAUGGGUGCUUAUAGUAUGGUACCCUGAUGGUCACAGUUUCAUCAGCCUGACAGCCUGGGUGGGAGGAAACUGUUUUUCUGUGGCGGCUCUGUAGCGCCGCCCUGGAGGUAAACGUCGGGACAGUUUGUGUGCAGGAUGCAUUGGGUCUGCAGAGAGGCCAGCCGCCUUAUCCCUAAACCCCAGACCUGUGCAGGUUCUGGAUGGAGGUGAGGUCAGCCGUGAUGGAUGAACUCAGGACAGACUGAAUGAAGGCAGUGAGGAAAAGGACCAGCAGCUCCCGUGGAAGGUUGAACUCCUUGAAUAGAAAGUUCUGCCUUCUUCCAGACAGCGUGAACGUGUGAGGACCCGGUCUGGUUCCCCAGACUGGACGGUUCCUAGGAGCUGGAUCAGACACGGUGUUGUUGAGGAUGAUGAGGAGAAGCAGUGUGGCGGCUCUUCUCUGGAAGUCCACCUUCCUCUCCGUGGUCACGACCCCGUUAAGCAACCAGUGGACCCACCAGAUCCAGGCCGGGGGUCUGAGGGGAGGAGGGCGCUUGUGGAGCUUUAUUUAUUAGAUGAAAACAGAAACAUUUUGCACAUCUCUGAGUCUUUACUCUGUUCCUGUCGGUGUUUUUCCACUUUGUUCUACUCUCUCGUGUCAGACCGUAAAUAUUCCUCUGAGCUAACAGCUUAUGGACAUUAAGAAGGUCUUCCUUAAAUCACGAUAAUGACGCCUUAUUUUACAUUUAAGCCGUCCAAACUUCUCAUCACAGUCGUUUAUCUUUCUUUUCAGGAGGCGAAGAUGAAAUAA